AUGACCACCACACUUGCGACUGCCACGCUUGUUGGAACCGCCUCGACCAUGAAAACUGUUGCAGCAGUUGACAGUCACUGUCCAACAUGCGGGUAUGGCGAGGAGCAUGACCCCUCUGAGGCUCAGCUACGGAUCCAGGAGCUGGAGGGGCUAGUUCAAGAUCUGACGCAGCGCGCGGCGUUUACUGCGAACAAACUUGCAGACUACGAAGACGAGAUCCGUCGUUUACGCGCUUCUCAAUCUCACUCGCACUCACGAACCCAAGUCGCCUCCGAGACACCGACACCAUGCGCGAGUUCCACCCUGCCCCCAACCUCCUCCCACACCGACAAAUCUACACUCUCACCGACUCAGACCCCAAGCACACCUGAUGCAACCUCCCAAACCUCUUCCCAGCCAACCUACCACAGCCGCCUCUCAACUCUAACUUCCCUCCUUCCUUACCGCCGUGGGAGUUCACAAGCUUCUUCAGCCCCCGCGGCUGUCCCCAUCCCCGCUCAUCCAACAACCCCCACCUCAUUACCACCUAGCGCCCUCCAAACACAAACCUCCCCAGCCAGCAGCGAAACGAACACAGAGCUCCAAGAUGCGUUAUCGCGCGAACAAGACCUUCGCAAAGCAGCCGAGUCGCAACUUUCGCUGGCUAGUACGGAACUGGAAGAAUUAACAGUGCAGCUGUUUAGCCAGGCGAAUGAAAUGGUUGCGCAGGAGCGAAAAGCACGCGCAAAGCUUGAAGAACGAGUUGCUGUGCUUGAAAGAAGGGAUAUAGAGAAACGAAGUAGAUUGGAGAGGCUGGAGAAGUCUAUGGCGAGAGUAGAGAGGCUGAAGGCCUUGGUUGGCUAA